AUGGGUACUUCCAUCAGGCGAUCACUACCAAUCGAAUCGCCGCCGCUCUAUGUUGUACUCGUCGUUAUUUGUGCUUUCACAACAACAGUAUUGAACGCUGAAUAUGCAGAAGAAGAUUUAUGCAGCGAGCGAUCUUGCUAUCCAGCUACUGGUAAUUUGUUGGUUGGUCGUAAACAUCGCCUAAGUGCUUCAUCAACAUGUGGUUUAUAUGGUCGUCAACGUUACUGUAUUGUAUCACAUUUGGAAGAACAAACCAAAUGCUUUUAUUGUGAUAGUCGAACCGAAUGGAGACCACAUCGAGAACCACAUCGACUGAGUCAUAGGCUUGUUUUUGUCUUAAUCGAGAAUGUUGUCUCGGAAUCAUUCGAAGAUCGGAAUCGUAAUUGGUGGCAAUCUGAAAAUGGUGUUCAAAAUGUUUCGAUACGAUUGGACUUAGAGGCUGAAUUCCAUUUCACGCAUUUGAUUAUGACAUUCAAAUCCUUUCGGCCAGCCGCAAUGAUCAUUGAAAGAUCUGCUGAUUUUGGCAAAACAUGGUCGCCGUAUCGUUAUUUUGCAUAUGAUUGCGCAAGUACGUACCCAAAUAUCCCUGAGGGUCCACCAAAAAAGCAUUCAGAUUUGGUCUACAAAGUAAUCUCACCGCAUAUUCGAACCGAAAACCCGUACUCAGAUGAAAUUGCGAAUUUGCUGAAAGUAACCAAUUUAAGAAUUAAUUUUACGAAAUUGCACACACUCGGUGAUGAUCUUCUUGAUUACAGACCGGAAAUAGAUGAGAAAUAUUACUAUGCAGUGUAUGAGCUAGUUGUGCGCGGAUCAUGCUCAUGUUAUGGUCAUGCGCAGCGUUGUAUACCGAUUGAAGGUAAUGGUCGUUAUGCUAUGGUGCCCGACCGUCCUGAUAUGGUUCACGGUCGAUGUGAAUGCACACAUAAUACAAAAGGUUUGAACUGUGAGCAGUGUAUGGAUUUCUUCAAUGAUUUACCAUGGAGGCCGGCGAUUGGUGACGACUCAAACGAAUGUAAACGUUGUGACUGCAAUGGGCAUGCGGCUAGAUGUCAUUUCGAUCGCGCUCUCUAUCAAUCUUCAGGAUUUGUCUCGGGUGGUGUUUGCGAUGAAUGUAUGCAUAAUACACAGGGUAAGAACUGCGAGCAGUGUAAGCCUUACUUCUAUCGAAAUCCACAAAGACCCAUCACAGAUCCGUACGUUUGUCUGCCGUGUGAAUGCGAUAAGGCUGGCUCAUUAAAUGAUGGAAUUUGUGAAGGUGAGGAGGAUCCAGAAAGGGGUUUGGUUGCUGGUAAAUGUUAUUGUAAAAGUAAUGUCGAUGGACCGAGAUGUGAUCGUUGCAAGAAUGGAUUUUGGUCGUUGCAAGCAGAUGAUGCAAAUGGUUGUCGUGCAUGCACUUGUCAUCUAUUAGGAACCUACAAUAAUGAGGGAUGUAAUAAACGAACUGGAGAAUGUCUUUGUAAACGUUUAGUGACUGGUGAGAAUUGUGAUCGAUGUUUGCCAGAACACUACGGGUUGAGUGAAGAGGCGGAUGGUUGUCGACGUUGCGAUUGUGAUUUGGGAGGUGCGUUUGAUAAUAACUGUGACAUAAUCAGUGGACAGUGUCAAUGUCGUCAGCACUUCAGUGGACGUCGUUGUGAUACGGCAGAUAGUUCAUAUUUUUGUGCGGCAAUCGAUCAUUAUACGUAUGAAGCGGAAAACGCUGAGAAUAUCACGAAUGCUGAAGUGCAACCACGAGAAUAUCCAUUGUAUGCACGCGAUCGAACGUGGACAGGUGAAGGAUUCGUUCGUGCAAAUGAACGUACAACGCUAACGUUUAUCAUCGACAAUCUCGUACAGAGUAUGCAAUACAAUAUCAUUAUUCGUUAUCAGCAAACACAACAGGAUCCAUUUGGUUGGGAGAAUGCGCAAUUAACAGUUGUACGUCCCGGUGAUCCAUCACCAGAUGGACCUUGCAGUAACUCGUUACCAUCGGAUGACUUCUUGAUAGUUAGAUUCCAUCCUGGAGGACGUUUUGUUGAGGUGAAGCCUGACGUUUGUCUAGAGGCUGGCGUACGUUAUGAGAUUCGUUUUCAAAUGGGUGAAAAACGCACCGGUUUUCCAGAUCGUUCAGCCGCGAUUCUAAUCGAUUCAAUUGUACUGGCACCACCCACUGACGUAUUACCAAUUUUCAAAGGAUCCGCUAAUGCUGAACAACAUCGAUUGGAAUUUGAUCGUUAUCAAUGUCGUAAUCAAGCCUUAUCGUUAACACCUUUAACCGAUCUCUCUGAAGUAUGCUCACGUUACAUUUGUCCAGUUGCUGCAAUAGUGUUCAAUCAAAGUUUGGAAUGUGAUUGUGAUGCAACUGGUUCUGUAUCCGGUAUUUGUACCGCUAAAGGUGGACAGUGUGAUUGUAAACCGAAUGUUGUUGGUAGAAGAUGUGAUCGUUGUGCGGUCGGCACGUAUGGCUUCGGUCCGUCGGGUUGUACGGCAUGCGAAUGCGACAGUGUUGGAUCGUUAAAUAACAUUUGUGAUAAGCAAAGUGGACAGUGCUUAUGUCGAGAGCGUGGUAUCACCGGAAGGCAGUGCAAUCAAUGUCAGCCAGGCUUUUGGUCAUUCCCAGACUGUCGUGUUUGUCAGUGCAAUGAUCAUGCUUCGAUUUGUGAUCAAAAGACGGGUGCUUGCAUCGAAUGUCGAGAUCUAACUGACGGUUACUAUUGCGAUCGAUGCAAGGAUGGUUAUUAUGGUGAUCCUCGAUUGGGUGUUAACUUACCGUGCAAACCGUGUCCAUGCCCAGGUGGACUAGACAGUGGUUUCCAACACGCUGAUACAUGCUAUCUAAGACCUGGUACGGAUUCAGAAUCACCAGAUGUCGUUUGUAAUUGCAAGUCAGGUUACACGGGUGAACGAUGUGCAUCAUGCGCGAUCAAUCACUGGGGUAAUCCGAACGAAUUAGGUGGAAGUUGUGAACGAUGUGAUUGUAACGGAAAUAUAGAUUUAUCGGUAGAGAACAGUUGUGAUGCGGUGACAGGCGACUGCUUGAAAUGCUUACAUCAUACGGAAGGACAACAAUGCGAGAACUGCAUGGAUGGGUACUUUGGUGAUGCAAAAAUUAGAUCUUGUCAACGAUGUGUUUGCAAUGAUCUUGGUACAAACAGAACAGCUGGUGCGUGUGAUCGCGUCAGUGGACAGUGUGUAUGUUUGCCGAAUGUUAUUGGACAACAGUGUGAUGUAUGUGCACCACAGCAUUUCGACUUGGCUAGUGGCAAAGGAUGUGAGGCGUGUAGUUGUGAUCCAAAUGGUGUGUUACUUGACGUAGAUGGAAAACCGGAAUUGCAAUGUAAUCAGUUCGAUGGACGAUGUCCGUGUAAGAGAGGAAGAGGCGGUCGUACUUGCUCGGAUUGCGAAGAUUAUUAUUGGGGUGAUCCAAUGGCUGGUGAAUGCAAGCGAUGUGAAUGUGAUCCGAUUGGCUCAGCCUCACAACAGUGUCAUCGAAAUAACGGAACUUGUAUUUGCUUACCCGGAUCUGGAGGUGCACUAUGUAACGAGUGUGCUCGUGGCUAUACAGGCAAUUGGCCACACUGUGAGGCUUGUGGUGAAUGCUUCAAAAAUUGGGACGAAAUUAUACAAAGUUUAAAGGCACAAGUCGAAACUCUUAUUGAUAAAGCGAACAAUAUCGAAGAUACGGGUGUUACAUCGGUUUACGAUGAUGCGUUCGAAAAAAUGGAACAAAGUCUUGCUGAUGUAAAAGCGCAACUCGAAUCUGCUAAUAUCACAAAGGCUGACGUUGACGAUCUUCAGCAGCAAAUGGAUUCUCUCCUUGAAAAGCGUAUCACAGAUACGACAAGUGCGGUUGAUAGUGCCGAAGAGGAAUUGAAAUCACUGCUGGAAAUUGCUGAAAAAUUAACUGCACGUGCGCAAGCGUUAAACGAAAAUGCGACUUUAUUAAGGGAGGCUGAUGUUCAGGGUGCCUAUAAUAUCAGUCGUGAAUCAGCCGAAAAGUCAGCGGCAGCGAAACGUCGCACAGAUGAUGCAGUUGCAAAGAUAGCAAGUGCGGAGAGUGACAGGCGAGAAGCGGAAUCUCUCCUUGAUAAGAAUCAGUUGGACUUUGAGAAACAGUUCACUGAAAAUGAAAUGGCAUUGCAACAUAUCGAUGAACAGUUGAGCAGUUUCGAGUCGGUGUUACCAGGCCUAAACAAAGAUGUUUGUGGUGCGGAAUCAAUUCCUUGUGAUGCAUUGUGUGGUGGACCAGGCUCUUGUGGCCAUUGUGGUGGAAGAUCGUGUCUAGACGGCUCUGUGAGCAAAGCUGAGCAAGCACUUCAGUUCGCCGAUGAAGCUGACCGAAAGCUGAAUGAGAAACAAAAGGAGGCUGAAGAUAUAUUAUCUCGCGUGCGUGAAAUUUUGAUGGAAACAUCUGUGACGAAGAGUAAAGCGAACGACGCCUAUGGCAUUGCCGAAAAUGCUGCAAAACAAGCGAAUCAAACACGUGAUUCACUCGAAAAUAUUCUCAAAGAAAUCAACGAGUUUUUGGACAGUGAACGUUCAAGCGCAGAAGAGAUUCGUACGGUGGCUGAUGAAAUAACAAACAUGACCAUUUCUUUAACGCCUGAGCAAAUACAGAAUUUAGCUGAUCAAAUUCGCGAGAAUCUAAUGAAGAUCAACAACAUCGAUAGUAUAUUGGAUGAAACACGUGGAAAUAAGACAAUCGCUGGAGCUUUGCAAAAUUCGGCAGAAUCCGCGAGUAAACGAGCCGCAGAAAUCAGGAAUACUACAACCGCAGUACGAGACGCAUUGAAGCGGACACAAGAAGCGCAGGAAGCAGCCAAAAUUGCAAUUGAUGACGCAUUGGAACAAAUUACUGAGGCACGCACGGAUUUGGAUAGUGCGAAUGAGCAGACGACAACGGCCGAGGAGAUAGCGCAAAAAUCGAAUGAUUUGUUAAGAGACUUAGAGAAUGAGAUGAAGGAUGUACGUGUGCAAUAUCUACAAAUUUCGGAACAUGCGAAGAACGCCUAUGAGGCGGCCGAUAAAGCAAUGCAACAAGCAACAUUAGCUGAAGCAGCCAAUGAACAAUUAAAGAAUGACUUUAAUACCGCCAAGAAUUUAUUGCAAUCAAGACAAACAGGUAAUGAAAAGCCACAGGCGAGAGCUGAAGCGUUGCGUAAACGAGCCACGCAACUGCUUCAUAAGACGCAGCGUUAUCGAAGCGAUAUAUCGCAACUAACUGCGGAUAUGGAUGCGUCUGACGUGCGAUUGGGUGAAUACAACGGAACGGUGGCUGAUUUGGAAUCUCAAAUCGAUCAAAUUUCGGCCAAAAUUCGUACACGAAUCGAUUAUUAUGCAACAUGCGAUUGA